GAGAGAUUCUUGUAUUAUAUUAGAUGCUUCUUCUCCUCUAGAAACAUCUCUACACUUUUCUUCCUUCUCUCAUGGCGGCUUCCUCUGCUCUCUCCUCACCGGCUCUUCUCUCUAACAACAACCGCUCUCCACCGCCAUGCUUCUCCGUCAGACACUCGAUCUCUUCUUCCUCCUCGCCAGUGCUCAUCGCUACUCCCAGAUCGUCUCGUUUAACCCUCACCCUACCGGAAAAGAGGAGCCUCGUCGUGAAAGCAACGGUGGGCGAGGUCUCCUUUCGCGAACCGGAGACAUCAGGAGAUAACGAGGGAAUCGAAUCACUGAAACUCAAAUUACUGAGUGUGGUAUCGGGGUUGAACAGAGGACUAGUGGCGAGUGUAGAUGAUCUACAAAGAGCUGAGACGGCUGCUAAACUACUUGAAUCCGCUGGUGGGCCAGUGGAUCUUACCGAGGGUCUUGAUAAGCUCCAAGGGAAGUGGAGGCUGUUGUAUAGCAGCGCCUUCUCUUCUCGUUCUCUAGGUGGUAGCCGUCCUGGUCUACCCACUGGUCGUUUGCUUCCUGUUACUCUUGGACAGGUGUUUCAGAGGAUUGAUGUGUUUAGCAAAGAUUUCGAUAACAUAGCCGAAGUGGAGAUAGGAGCUCCAUGGCCGUUACCGCCUCUUGAAGCCACUGCCACAUUGGCACACAAAUUUGAACUCUUAGGUACUUGCAAGAUCAAGAUCACAUUUGAGAAAACUACUGUGAAGACCUCCGGAAACUUGGCGCAGAUUCCUCCCUUUGAGAUCCCGAGGCUUCCUGACAGUUUCAGGCCACCGUCAAACCCUGGGACUGGAGAUUUUGAAGUCACCUUUGUUGACGAGAACAUGCGCAUUACUCGUGGGGACAGAGGUGAACUUAGGGUGUUUGUUAUUGCUCAAGUCGAAAAGAGGUUUGACAUGUAAAGAUUUAAGUACUUUCUGCUUGUUGGAGCAGCCGCCUUAUGAGUUUUGUGCAAAUCUUUCAAACAAUAAUUGAAGUAUUUUAUAGUGAAAAUGAAUGUCCUGCUUGUGAAACCAAAACCAUAGCUUGGUAUUUCAAUAUAUACAGGUAUUUUAUAACGAGAUGAGAGUCCUGCUUAGUGAAACCAAAACCAUAUCUCGAUCAUGCUUCAGUAUUUAUUAUAGGAUUAGAGGGUUUUUGAUUAAUUUC